GCAGCCAGAGUCGGGGCGGAAGUGAGCAGCCGACCACCACAAUCACAACAACCACCACCACUAACUACUACUACAGCUAGAACAGCUACAGCCACAACAACCACCACUAACUACUUCUACAGCUAGACCAGCUACAGCAACCACCACUAACUAAUACUACAGCUAGACCAGCUACAGCUACUACAACCACCACCACCACCACUCCAGCGAGACCGACGACAGCAGUCAACAGCAACGAGGAAGAGCCGGUGGCUGUGGCAAACGACGUCGUGGUGGUGGCAGAGAUGGUGAUGUGGUGAAGCCGGUGGUUGUAGAGGUGGUGGUUGUGGUGGUGGUGAGCGGUGGUGUCGUGGUUAGCGCUACGCUGCGCUACGAACCCUGCGAUCCGAGUUCGAUUCCCGCUCACGGCCAACACCGUUGACGAUUGUCUGAACCGGUCCUGGGCCUCCUCCCCUGGGGUCGACUUGGCCUCAGAUGAGUACCUGGUGCGGUGUGUAAACAUCGCCGCUGGGGAGACAAAGGCAGCCGGGUGUGGUGCUGGCCACCCACCCCCAUCGUGUGCCGUUCCGGCCUUCAGAGGUGCUCGCUCACAGCACUUGCCCCAACAGUCUGUUACAGGCUGUACGGGGGAUCAUUGGUGGUGGUGGUUGAGUUGGUGCUUGGUGGUUGUGGUUGAGGAGGUUGGUGGUGGUGGUGGUUGUGUUGGUGGUUGUGGUGGUUGUGUUGGUGGUUGUGGUGGUGGUUGAGGUUGGUGGUGGUGGUUGAGGAGGUUGGUGGUGGUUGAGGAGGUUGGUGGUGGUGGUUGAGGAGGUUGGUGGUGGUGGUUGAGGAGGUUGGUGGUGGUGGUUGAGGAGGUUGGUGGUGGUGGUUGAGGAGGUUGGUGGUGGUUGAGGAGGUUGGUGGUGGUGGUUGAGGAGGUUGGUGGUGGUGGUUGAGGAGGUUGGUGGUGGUGGUUGUGUUGGUGGUUGUGGUGGUGGUUGUGUUGGUGGUUGUGGUGGUGGUUGAGGAGGUUGGUGGUGGUGGUUGAGGAGGUUGGUGGUGGUGGUGAUGUCCCGCGUGUGUCUCGCUGUGUGCGCCGCCGCCUUCUUGGCGCUCCUCGCGCUGAUGGAGGCGCCGCGGGCCGCCGAGCCCGGGAGGCGCCGCGCGGAGCCUCCCUACCCCGGGGCACGAGCCCGCAACCUCGCGUGGGUCCUGCAGAUCUCGGAUAUUCACAUCAGCCGUUUCCAAGAUCCCACACGUGCCUCUGAUCUGGAGCGCUUUUGCACCGAAGACUUGGACAUCCUGAAGCCAGCGCUGGUUAUUGUUACCGGUGACUUGACAGAUGCAAAGACAGAGAAUCGCGUGGGAUCCAUGCAGUACGAGGUGGAGUGGCUGGCCUACCAGACUGCACUCAAGCGCUCACGUGCUCUGGAGAAAACUGUCUGGAUUGACAUUCGCGGCAACCAUGAUGCCUUUAACAUACCUUCCCUGCACAGCAUCCAGAAUUACUACAGGAAGUAUUCAGCCCUGGGAAGGGAAGGCCCCUUCCGCCACGUCCUCACCACACCGUUCGGAAACUACUCCUUCAUCUGUGCUGACGCUACGCUCACGCCAGGACCCAAGCGGCCAAUCAAUUUCUUUGGGAUCCUUGACCAGGCCAAAAUGGAGGAGCUAUCUCGACUGGAGGAGGAGAGCCAAAGCAGCAACCACACCUUUUGGUUUGGGCACUACACCACCUCCACCAUCGUCUCCCCACACCCGGGCAUCCGCCAGCUCAUGAGCCGAGCCUCUGCGUAUCUGUGCGGGCACCUGCACACACUGGGAGGACUGGCACCCGUGAUGCACACGCGGCACAGCACCGGCAUGCUGGAGCUGGAGCUGGGAGACUGGAUGCACAACCGCAGGUACCGCGUCAUGGCCAUUGAUCACGACCUGCUGAGCUUUGGGGACUUUGAGUUGGACCGCUGGCCAGCGGUGCUCAUCACCAACCCCAAGGCGGCGCUGUACAGCCGGGCCACGCGCGAGCCGCUCGGGCGCAUGAAGAGAUCCAGCCACGUCAGGGUGCUGGUGUUCUCUCCUGUGCGUGUGCUGCGCGUGUCCGUGAGUGUGGAUGGCACGCCGCUGGGAAACGCAAGCCGGGCUGCGGGGGACGCCCCGCUCUACGUCCUGCCCUGGGAUCCACGUCUGUACGCAAAUGAAGCGCUGCACCGCAUCGCCGUCUCCGCCGUGGAUGCGGCUGGCCGGGAGAGCCGUGCGGAGCAUGACUUCUGGCUCUCGGAGGAAGACCCUGGGUUGAGCUUCUCCGUGUGGCCGUCUGCAAUCCUCCUCAUGGACCUGCACGCCCUGGGCUGUGUAGUCUUCUUGCUGUGCUCCCUGCUGCACACACUGGUGAUGGCGCUCGUGCGCUACCACGGCUUCCCUUCCCUGCUGGCGUCGUCGGGGUGGCUGGCGCGGUGCUACCACUCCUUCUGGCUGCUCUGCCGCAGCGACGGACUCUUCUACCCCCUCUUUGUGCUCUCCGUCUACACAAUGAUUGGACCGUGGUUCGUCGGAGAAAUAAUCGAUGGCAGCUACGGUGCUUGUUUCUCGUUCGGGAUUGUCACCGGAGAGAAGUUUUUCCAGAGCGGCUUGACGUUCUACAUGGGUAUCUUUCAGGUGCUGUUCUUCAACGUGCCACUCACGCUCUACUCCUGCUGGGUGCUGCGCCUGCGCGUGUCCACGGGUCUCGCGUUCGGGUCGCACGCCCGCGGCGCCGCGGGACGCUGCCGCACGCUGCUGGUGCACGUGCCGGCCCUCGCUCUGCUGGCAUGGCAGGCGCAGGGCGCCGCGGCGACUCUGCAGGCGUACGGCGCGCUGGCGUUCGUCCUGAGCCCCAUGCGCACGUGGACGCUGGUGCUGGCCAUGGUGCUGGCGCGGCGAUCGUGGACUUGGGACUGCACGGUGCCGUGUGCCACCCGCAGGGACAGCUGAGGGCGCCGGAGCUGACCGCUUCCCCUUUAGUUACCCAAAACUUCGAAUGAAAACAAAUACACCAGGAUGUUUAAUAAAUUACUUUAUACGCAGGCAAACUGCGCCUAGCGCUCAAGGUGCGUUCCUGGAGAAAUGAGCACUACUCGAAUCAGUGCUAAAAAGGGGUCAUAUCAUUGUAUAUAUAGGGAUGCGUUCCCAACAUCGUUAUUUCGUAUGAGCAAUGUAUGAGGGCUUCAUUGGAUUAUCAGUAAUCUAGAUUUGAAGUUUUCGUGACUGCAGGGAUCCAUACUCUAUGGUUCUUUCGGUAAAGUCACGUAGGUAUAAAAUAAAAUAUUGAGCAAUCAUUGGAAGGAUUUUAUUAUCCAGGUAAAACCAUAACUGCUUUUGGCCUGCCUUCAUAUCCGCAUCUCCAGUUUCCUAACCCUCCCACUCCCAGCCCCGCCGAUUUCUCCUCCCCACCCCGGAAUUUUUUGCCGUGCUUGCGUCUUACUUGUAGCCUCCACUCCCCCUACCCCACACCCCCACCCUCCCUGUCUCUCCUCCCUGGCUCCUCCCCCCCUUCUCUUGCCUAUUUGGCCUCUUGUUGCAGCAGCCCCUUUUGCCCACUUCAGCAAUUGUUUCUUGCUGUGGUUGUCCCACCUGAUGACGAACGCUUGUGUUGCGCCCAAAACGUCGUGAUUUAUUUUAUUUUAUACCUACGUGACUUUACCGAAAGAACCAAAGAGUAUGGAGUAUCAGUAAUCACGCUAAGAAUAAUACAGAUGGUAAACAUUUGAUGAAUGAAAAUUAUUUAAUAAAAUAACAUCAGUAAGUAUUAUGUACUGUACUCGUGUGCAGUAGAUUGUAGGAGCUGUUGCUGCUGCACUCCUGAUCUGCGUCAAUCUCAGAGAAGAGCUCCAGGACCUCCGUGGUGGUCUUAGUGAUGCCCUCAGUCUAUAUUUCUGUGGCGAGGUUUCUCUUAGGUGGUGCUUGAGACUCUAUCCUGGUGUCGUGAGUUAUCACCUGGCUAAACACGCUGGCUGUCGCCUGAUGAAGCUAGUUGUAAUUACUGGCGAAACAUCGUACGUGACUUUACCGAAAGAACCAAGAAGAUGAAUCCCUGCAGUCACGAAAGCUUUAAAUCGAAAUUUAAAUCGUACUCAGAUUUUAAAUGUUGUGGCUUGGCUCUCCAACAUAUGGGUGUGUUGUACUAGUGACGAAUUGGCAUGUUCUGUUUACGUGACAACCCUUACUAAACUUGAUUUGAAGCUUUCGUAACUGCAGGAAUCCAUACUCUUUAGUUCUUUCGGUAAAGUCACGUAGGUAUAAAAUAAAAUAAAUCACGACGUUUCAAUCGCAACACAUGCGCUUGUCCUCAGGCGGAAAAAAUAUAAUCCAGCAGUGGAACUGCUGAACUAGCGAGAGAGCAGCUACAACAAGGUUAUAUAUGUGGCGAUGGGCAAGCAAGUGGGGUCUGAGCCAGAUACUCGGACCGUACAAUCUGCAAAGCUGCCUCCCGAGCCAUGGAGAGACAACCUUCUGAGGAUCCAACCAAAACCAUCAUUUUGCCAUACAUAGCAGGGUUUACCAAAAAGAUUUACAAAAUCUUAAACAAACACAGGAGCCAGGUUCGUUUUAACACAGUACACAAUCCGUGAUUUAAUCCCAUCUGUAAAGGAUGUGAUUCCUGAAAUGUAAUACCCUUGGUGUCUACAAACGGAGUUGUGGUUGUGGCAGCAGUUACAUUGGGGAAACGAAACAACAUGCUAUCACUGAGACCUUCUUUACCAGUGGCAAAAUAUAGCAAUAGGUUUUUACCCUUUCAACUGGUACAAAAACUGACACCUUUAUACAUGCUAUCAUCAGAGAUUUGUUUAUGAAGCCAUCCAGAUAUAUAAACACAGACAACUUCAACCGAGAAGAUGGGUACAAAUUGAGCAAUCAUUGGAAGGACUUGAUUAACCAGGUAAAGUCUUAACUGACUGUGAUGUUUCCAUCCUACCUGCCUAUGUCAGCUGUUAUUUCCGACUCUGUGUCUCUCUCUCUUUAUGCCUCUCUCUUAGAUCUCUCACAUGUCCUUUGGAUUGCACUCUCAUGCUCACAUGUCUUUUGGAUUGCACUCUCAUGCUCACAUGUCCUUUGGAGUGCACUCUCAUGCCCACAUGUCCUUUGGAUUGCACUCUCAUGCUCACAUGCCCUUUGGAUUGCUCUCUCAUGGUGCUAAUCUCUCAUUAACACUGCUGUUGUGCGCAUAUGCGGGCAUGCUACUCUUAUGCGGGCAUGAUACUCUUAUGCGGCGACGGAAGCUCAUUCAUGCUAAUCUCCCUCCCUAAUCUCUCCCUAAUCUCCCCCAUUAACACAACUGAGGUGCUCACGUCUGGGGGUGGAAUUCCUUUCCAGCUCAGACCCCGCUUGCUUGCCCAUCGCCACAUAUAUAACCUUGUUGUAGUUGCUCUCUCGCUAGUUCAGCAGUUCCACUGCUGGAUUCUAUUUUUUCCACCUGAGGACGACCGCUUGUGUUGCGAUCGAAACGUCGUGAUUUAUUUUAUACCUACGUGACUUUACCGAAAGAACCAAAGAGUAUACAACCCUUACUAGUUGGCUGUUGGGUGGUGGUGGUGGGUUUUAACAACGAAUUUAUAUAUCUAUUAUGGACGCUGUGAUAACAUUAAAAUAUAUAUGUAUAGCAUCGAUAUAUUAUUUUAAUGUAAUCGUUACCACGAUGCGUGAUAAUAGAAUCGCGGGGGGUGGAGGUCUGUGGUUGGCUCAGAGCCAUGCGUCGCUCUCAUUGGCUGAGCUAGUGGCAGGGGCGGUGUGACGCUCCCUGUGUCAACGCUGCUGCGUGCUCUCGCGCGUGUGGCCUUCAGGGGCCAUCCAUUUAGUACGGACGCAUGGAGGGGGGGGGGGUUAACCCAAAUGCGUACGCUUAUGGGGGGUCUGCUGAAAAUGCAAUUUCAUUUAUUUGGUAUAGCCCUGCGAGCCAUUCGGCUCUUGAAUUGGGUGCAACCGCAACAAACAAAAAACAAAAACAUGAACAAGAAAACAUCUUAAAGUGACUAUGCACAAACAGAAAGAUCCAGGAAAAAACUGCUAAGUUCCAGAAAAAAAGCACCGUACACCAACGCUGUGCAAAAAUCCCAGUGGGAUGCAAGUCAAACAACAACCACAAGACAACUUAGAUUAAAGCCAUCAUUCUAACUCUGUACUCCAACAAACAAACAUGGCCAAACCAAAAAACAUUUCGAAAUAACCAAAAUAAAGCCAUACGCAAUGUAACGGUGAUCAUAGGAACUGUGACCGAAAUUUCACAAUAAACGACAUAAACAACAUGUACCACCAAACCCUGUAGCCAUAGCUGACUGCAUGAGUCACUCCACACCAGCAGGAGCAUCAGUACGCAUAGGAAACGGGGGGGGGGGGUGAAGUCUCGAUAAUAAUUUGUCUACAUUGGCCUUCAAAUGAGCCACAGUUCAGUCUCUUCAGCUGUCAGACAACAAGUACUACCGGGAGAAGUGGGACUGUGGGAGAGGUGUCACUCGUAUGCCACCAUACCCCUGACUGCAGCUAUCACGCAGCUCAGCAGUGAGUGACAUCGUCUGGCGGCCUGUCCCAUGGAUGAUUACACAUCUUUCAAUCUGGCCUCACUGCAGACUGCCGCUGGCUCAAGAUUGUAGCUGCUGCGGUGCUCUGUUUGCGCUGCUGCUGCCUGGACUUCAGCACUAACACUGCUCUGUACGUCGGUUUACUGCUACAGCAGAAGUUCAGUCGACGCACUUUAUAUAGAGACUAGUUCACCGAGGUUUAAUUGUGUUUUAAGAUCAUAAUAGACGUGUUUUUUAAUUACCAGUCAGGAUGGAUAACACGGUCAAGUAUAACUGUACAAAGCUGUGUGUAAAUGUUGCACACUCGAAAUGAAGGACGUGGGCAGGUGCUCCAAAUCGAGGGCAAGCACAUUUAUUUAUUGUAGUUAAUAUUAAUCUUGUGAAGAACCGCACCGUCACUCUGUAAAAUGCAACAGCGCGAGUUACACGCAGCAAUCCUUCCGAGACGCCAUUAACCAUGUGGCUGGUUUACACGUGCGGUUAUUCAUUUACCCUUUCUCUUAAACCCAAUUCUACUACUUAUAAACCAUCCUUGUCUUUGACAAUCACAUUUGCACAUCACUAUUCGACUAUUACUUUAAUCCUAAGCUGUAUGUCUAUCUAUACCAUCCACAUAUCGGUAUAUUACACCCAUUAUAUGUACUGUAUGUGUACAGUAUACGUACUGUAUCUCACCAUUGUACAGCUUACUACUUUACAUAUGUUCUAUUCUCAAUAGCAGUAGUCAUACUAUGGGUACAUGGGCAUGGUUAUAGACUAAACAGUAUUAGAGUUGGAGAAUUACAAUGACAGUAACUAAUUACAGUGCGUCAUCCCUUUACAAUGCAGUGCUAAAAUGCCUCUAAUUGCAUAUAUCACAAACGAACAAUUCAAAGUCAAGCUUAAAGUCUAGAACAAGUCUAAAACAUUUAUAUAACGAUCAAAAUCAACCUUUGGGUCCUUUACCUGUAAAAUGCAACAGCGCGAGUUACACGCAGCAAUCCUUCCGAGACGCCAUUAACCAUGUGGCUGGUUUACACGUGCGGUUAUUCAUUAACCCUGCCAGCCACCUACAGGCCCGACUCAGUCAUCACAUGCUGCUGUACACACGUGUUGUUGAUGCACUGCACAGCACAUCAGGACCUUCACAGAACCACACUUUACUCUUAUUCUAUUCUUAGGUGUUUUCGGUAAAGUCACGUAGGUAAAACAUCAAAAUUAAUAAAAUAAUAAAAUAAAAAUAAAGAUCACGACGUUUCGGAGGCAGCACAAGUCUCCGUCAUCAGGUGGGACAGUCACAGCCAGAUCAGCUGCAUCAAGUGAGGCAAUGAUUCAAGAUGUAAUCCCUUAAAAGCGAGUUGAGGGGGGAGGAGAGGGGGGGGCUCAUCAGAAUGUGGUAGCCAAUGAAUGGAAAGUAUCGGGAGAGAAGGGCCAAAAAAGGGGUGGGCGACGGCGUGGAAGCUAUUGUGCGCAAGCGACACACUGCUGCCCACGCCAAUGCAUUGGACAGAGAGGGGGGAGGGGGGAGGUCUGAUACACAUGAGAAAAGAAAGAAAAUGCGUAUGUUUAUACCAAUGCUGGCUGAACAAUGAAGAGAUUACUGUUAAACACUGGGGAUGUUAACACUCGGUCAAGUAAAGUAAACUAGUGCCUGUCAGAUAAGAUGGUCAAAAAAGUGUAAUUAAGUCUUUUUUGCGUGGUUAAUAACAUCUUUCCAAUGAUUACUAAGUUUGUAACCAUCAUCACGGUUGAAAUUAUGUCUGUGUUUGUAUAUUUGUAUGGCUUCGUGUACAAACCUUUGAUGGUAGCCAGGAGGUUUGCUGCACAAGGACAUACUUAAAAGAGUGAUCCAUUCCUAAUGUGCCACAUAAAGCUAGGCCGAUAUUUAAUCUGCGUGGAUUUGGAUUAAAUAUUGGCCAUUCUAUAGGAUUCGGGGGGGGGGGGGUGUAGAAUGUACGCGUGUGUACAGGGAGGGGGGAAGGAGUUAAGUUUUGACAGAUUUUUGCGUACGUACUAAAUGGAUGGCGCCUUAAGAAUUUCUAGAUUUUCUUAUUUUUUAUCGUAAACAUUUUCUCCUCCGGGACAAAGAGCGCCAUCACUUAUCGGAAUUCUAAGGGGCUGUGCUAAGCGAAGUCUGCCUGUACCCCCAAUAAACGACUUUUAAAUACUCUGUAAGGGGCCGUACCCCCCCCCCCCCCCCUUCGUCACACGACGUCACAAAAAGUCAGACCCCCUCCCUCAAAUAUGACGUCACAAACCUCUGCCCCCCCCCCCCAAAAUAUAAAACAUGCUUCAAAUCGCUUUAAACUAUUGUCAGUGUAGUGCAUAUUUAAUGUGGCGCUGCACUCUGAUGUUGUAGCAGACAACAUUUAUUAAAACGUAUAUUUAAUUAAUUAGAACGUGUUGUGUAUACUGUAUUUAUUUAAAAUUGUGCAUUUUGAUGUGACGUCACAUUUCUCAACCCCCCCCCCCCCCCCCGUCAUACAUCGUCACAAAUGUCUGACCCCCCCCCCCCUAGGUGCGUGACAUCAUUUAUGGACGGCCCCUAAGUCACCAAAAGGGAUGUAAAGCAUUCCAGAAUCCAUGCAUGUGUCGUGUGCAAUACAAAGGCACACACACUAUACUGGAGGCAACACGUUUAAUAAACAACCUACACUCUGGGUUCUAAUAGCUCGGUGUGGCUAUACUGUUCGCUAUGUGCGUGGAAGUUAACUGUAACCAACGGGCCAGUCAGCACACACGCUGCCGGAUCCACGAUCCCCAGCUAAGACUUAACGAGGAGCGAAGAUGAUCCUCACAACGAACCCCGCUCCCUUUCGGGGCUCCCCUUUAUUUCCCUGCUUGCGGCCUCGCCCCCUGCUGCUGUAUCAAGUCAGGAGCUCCUCCCGGCCACGUGUCCCUCAAGCCUCCCAGAGAGGUUCCCGGCGCUCGGCGGCACUCCAGAAAUAGUGGCUGGCGCUAACAGUGUCGUGACAGUAUUUACGUCGCUAUACAUGUGUCUGCUCUUCCUUCUUGGCUUUUAUGUAUGGGUGGCUCUCUUGAUACAGCAUAACAUUGAAGACGUUUAUUGCAUCAAAGGUGACAUCUAGAGCUUUCUCUGAUUCACCCAUUACUGGGCCGUAUAACUAAAAUGUUUGCUUGAGAUCAGCAUUAAAUUCCUCCACUGUUUUUUCCCCGCAAGAGCGACCAUUUGUGAAUUUCUAGUCAUUUCAAACCCCUUUGUUUCUGCUCCAAUGCUGCCACUGCUUGCUCCGAUGUCUUCUUCAAUCAAAACAAAACCUCGACACGUUCGUUCAUUAUUGUUGUGUCAUGUUCUGUUUCUCAUUAUUUUCAUAUUUUUUUAUAUAGAGGUUCAUUUUACCCAACUUCAUUCCCGUAUAUUUGUCUACUCGGUAUUGCGAUGCUGCUAAAGGAGCCCCAUUUCUAACGAUGCUGCCUCUGCCAGUUCGCCAAUUAUUCAAGUGACGAUCACCCCUCUCUGUACCUGUGUUGCUCUCUCUGUGUAUCUUGGUGAUAUCUGUUUGCUUAUAUGUCUGUCUGUGGUUUUCUGGUUAGAUUUUGUGUCGCUAUUUCAUUAUACCUGAUGAUGAUUGCUUGUGUUGCAAUCGAAACGUCGUAUGCUAUUAUUUAAUUUAUUAUUUUAUCUUUAUAUGUGACUUUACCGAAAUAACCAAAGAAUAAUUCCUGCAGUCACGAAAGCUCCAAAAUUAAGAUUGGUGAUAUCCAAUUAAUACAUUUACUCCAGGCACGUUACUCUUUGUUAAGAUCUAAAAAUAAAUUCAGCUUUGAUAUCCCAUGUGACGGUUGUUUUUUUAUAUGAUUUUAAUUCGGUUCAUUGCUAUACUUUAUUAGUUUUGAGUUUGUUAUUUUGGAGACCCAGGUAACGUUUGCAAAUGAGACUGCCCUGGUCUGGUUGGGUUUACACCUGGUCAAACAAAUGAGUUGUGCCAUCUACUUGAAUGUGUUAACGUGCAACUUGCAUCGCACCAAACUGAGCACUUCCUGGAAAUUGUCAAAUAUAAAGUGGAGAAUAUAAUAUAAUACAAUUUUACUUAGAAUAUCGAGGCCCAAUGUUAUGAUUUUGUUUUGCUUGUUAGAGCAAGUGUGAACACAUCCAUUAUUGUGUUGGUGAUAGUGUUUAUGAACAGAAAACAGGAUUUUUAAAAAAGGAAGUAAGUGUCUGGCUUUCAAAGUUUUGGCACAAGUAGAGUGAACUGCAACUUAAUGACGGUGAAAUGAAAUUUGUCACGGAUCGUGGAAAGAAAGCGUUGUGACCUGAUGAUGAUGAUGUGAUGGGACGGCCACGUGUGUGGUUUAAACAGUUGCUAAGCACACGCCUAAAACGUCAAGGGGCCAGCAACAGACAGCACCGUUAAAAGUCCCAAUUACUACUAUAAUGAGCUAAGAAUGUCUGCUUGUGUGUCCCGCGCGUGACGUCACUCCACAUGCCCCCCCCCCCACCCUGUCAUUAAUAUUCAUGAGCGGGUGGAUUUUUACACUCACGCAGAAGGUCGGGCGGAAAUAAAUAUUUUUUCGCAAUUUC